CAGCCCAAUCAGUUUCGAAUUCUACUAGUCGACUUGGCGCCUAGCCAAUAGAACAGCAGAAGUGAAGCCGAGUUCCGUUCUGUCCCCGCCCACACGGCAAAGUGGUUGGUAAGCGGUAACCGUUGCUCCGUGACGUAAGCACCUGGUUCGGUGAUUGGUUACGCCCAGGCGCGAAAUGUAACGCGGGAAAUUUUCGGUUUCGGCCUUGGUUUUGCAACGCUGUUUUUCAGGAGUCAUCAGGACUGGAAUUGCAAGCGUGGAUCGGCUCCACUUCAGAACGUGUGAGCAGAUUGUAGCUGUCACAGAUUUUGCGCCGGUGGUAGCUGAGAAAAGAGGGGUGAGGUCCCAAGAGGAGCCGCCGUCUCCGGCAGAAAACAGGUGUCUGCAAGGAGGUGGCGAUGGUGGAGAAGCCACCGCCGGGUCUCCCGGUGACUUUUUACCAGGAGUCCCCGAAUGGCGUACUUGUUUCUGUUAUCAAAACCACCUCUGUCAAGCCGUUCUCCAGGGUCAGAGAUGAGGAACUAACACUCCCCCCGCCCAUCCUCAUCAGCCCUGGCUUCAGCGACUUCAUGGUUUACCCCUGGCGCUGGGGAGAGAAUGCCCACAAUGUGGCCUUUAGCCCGCGUGGCUCUGCUAUCCCUUCAUUCGUCCAGCAGCCCCGUGGGGGGCCAGCUAGAACCUGCAGCGGCGAAGAAGAGGACGCGAGUAGCAGCAGUAGCAGCCUCAAGGAUGGGAGAAGACGUGGCCGACCAAGAGCAGACACAGUUCGUGACCUAAUAAAUGAAGGAGAGCAUUCUUCUAGCAGAAUACGCUGCAAUAUCUGUAACCGGGUGUUUCCACGAGAGAAAUCACUACAGGCACACAAACGAACUCAUACUGGUGAAAGACCUUAUUUGUGUGACUACCCAGACUGCGGGAAAGCCUUUGUUCAGAGCGGGCAACUCAAAACUCACCAGCGUCUUCACACAGGGGAAAAGCCUUUCAUCUGCUCAGAGAACGGGUGUUUAAGCAGAUUCACACAUGCAAACCGUCAUUGCCCCAAACACCCAUAUGCCCGGCUGAAGAGGGAAGAACUCACAGUCAGACUGAGUGAAAAACAGAAGGCUGACAAUAAAGCUGCAGCUGAGUGGCUAGCGAAGUACUGGGAGACUAGAGAACAGCAUGCUCCUACUUUGAAAAGUAAAACAAUCCAGAAAAUGGAUCAGGGACAGAAGGACCGGAUGGGAUUUCUUCAGUCUGAUGAAGAGGAUGAUGAAGAGAAAAAUAAUGCUCAUUCAGCAGCUCGCCGCAGCCUCCAGGAACAGCAUGAACACAUGCAUGGUGCAUUGGCUCUUAUUGAACUUGCAAACCUAGCUGUGGCACCACUGUGACAGUAGCAUAGGAAUGGAGUCUGCCUUUAUGAAAUGGUGGUACUUGGUGGUCCUUAACCAGUUAGAUCCUGGGCAUAAUCUAAGCACCUUAUUUAUUUAUCAUAGGCUGCUGUCCUGUAGAAUUUAUAGUGAUUGCUGUCACCCCAUAAUAUGGGGUGAGAGAGUUGCACUUUUUGUAAGGUAAAAGACAAAUGUAAAGUUUAAGUAUCUUGUAAAUAUGGAACCACAUAAUGCAGGGUGGAUAAACUUCAUGUUGUGAGAAGCUAGAAUUUUGCAAGGUUAACUCAUUAUUUGAAACUGUUUUCACAGGAAGCACUUUCUGAGCAGUUUGUGGUUAGCAGAAUGGU